AUUCAACCGGCAUACUACAAGAUCACAACGCACCAGGCCACGAUGACUUCAAGGACCGCCAUCUUCAUUAUUGACGUUCAAGCGGCAACUGCCAACACUCCAGCCUCGCGUGUCCCUCACGCUGACCGCCUCAAGUCCGUCUUGUCUGAAAUUCUAUCGGCGGCGCGAACCUCUGUCCCGAAGAAUGACCAGGAAGCACCAAUAAUUGUGUUUGUACAGCACUCGCAGCACCCUGAGGACGGUCCCUUGGUCUAUGGGACUGCACCAUGGGAGUUGGUCUUCACUCCGGAGGACGACAGUUCUAAUGAAUUCGUCGUCCAUAAGACUACAGGCGAUACAUUUGAGUCGAACCAAGACCUGGCAGCCCGUCUUAGGAGUCAUGGCGUAACCCAUGUGGUCACUCUGGGUAUUCAGAGCGAGUACUGCGUCCAGGCCACGGCACUAGGAGCGCUGAGUGCCGGAUUCCAAGUUUCUAUUCUAGAAGACGCACAUUCUACGUAUAAUGCCGGUGAUGCGACAGCCUUGGGAAUUGAAAAGGAGGUCGAGAAGCUGAUUGUGAGUCGCGGUGGUAAAAGUAGACCAUAUAAGACCGCCUUGAGUAAUUGGGUGACGAGUGGUAAGGUGAUGUAGUGUCUUGUAUGCUAGUUAACAAACUUUGGCCACUCGAUGAUGAUGCGCAGU